CCAAAAUUCAAACCAAACCCGAGCUCCGCCCUCUCGCCCUUUCCAGAAUCUGAAAUGACGCCGGAAAAUCUCCUCCAUCUCCUUCAAACCACUCAAAAGUGCACCUUUGGAUGUCCGAUCAUCGACCGCUCCGUCGGCGGCGGCGUCGCUUGCAACUCCCUCACCGAGAUUGUCUCCGAGAGCGGCUGCGGUAAAACCCAGCUCUGCCUCCAACUCUGCCAUUUCGCUCAGCUCCCCCUUUCCCUCGGCGGCCUCAACGCCUCCUCUCUCUACAUCCACACCGAAUUCCCUUUCCCCUUCCGCCGUCUUCAACAGUUCUCCCAAGCCUUUUCCUCUUCAUACCCCCAAUUUCCCAAUCCCUCCGAUCACAUAUUUGUCGAACCUGUUCACUCUGCACAACAACUGUUCGACAUAAUGCCUAAGAUAGAAUUCUUCCUUGCAAAUCGAGAUUCCCCUUUGCCCACCAGGCUCAUUGUGAUAGAUUCGAUCGCAGCAUUGUUUCGGUCUGAUUUCGAUAACACCCCGUCUGAUCUCAAGCGGCGAUCGGCUCUGUUCUUCAAGAUUUCUGGGAAGUUGAAGCUGUUGGCUAAGAGGUAUUCUUUGGCUGUGGUGUUGACAAAUCAGGUAGUUGAUUUGAUGGAUUCAUCUGAUGGUAUAAGUGCAUUGAGAAUUGGGAAUUUGAAGUCUCUAUGUUCAUCGGGACGACGAGUGUGCCCGGCGUUGGGGAUCGCUUGGGCUAAUUGUGUUAAUUCGAGAUUGUUUUUGUCAAGAAAUGAGGAAGUUGUUGGAGAAGGUGAUGGGGUGGUGAAUGGUGGUGAAUUAGCACAAAGAAGAACAAGAAGAUGGCUUCAUGUUGUUUUUGCACCUCACUUACCUAAAUCAUCUUGUGAGUAUGUAAUCAAUAGACAAGGAGUUGUGGGAGUUGAAAGCCAAUGACCUCUUCCUUUCCUCCUUUCAACUUGAUGGAAAGCUAGUUUUGUAUGAUCCAUGUUUAGAUUGUGUAAAGUGAUUGAGUUAUAAAAAUUUA